UCGAGCGGGCUGCGUAAUCUGUGGGGCUGCGGCUGGCGAUCCGGCCGCGUUUUCAAUUUCAUGAGAAAAUACAGUGAAAAUCAAAAAAAAUAAAGAUGAACUUCGACGAGAAUAUGCUGUUAAUGUUGAUAUUGGUAUUCUCAUGGCUGGAAUACAUAUGGGAACUUUAUCUAUCUAUACGACAGUUAAAUAUUUACAAAACAAACAACACCAUUCCCGAUGACUUGAAAGAAAUGCUUAAUGAGGAGUCGUUUAAAAAGGCAAGAUUAUAUGGGAUUGAUAAAUCACAGUUCAAAAUAGUAAAGGAGUUCUACAGCAUAAGUUUGACGUCAAUAAUACUUUAUAACAGAUGGGUUUCAGCAGCAUGGAUCAAGUCAGAAGAAGUAGCAGCCAUUUUUAAUAUAUCACCAUCACAGGAAAUUCUUAUCAGUUGUGUGUUCAUGACUUUGGUCACACUCUUCAAUAUGGUUGUGAAUAUGCCAUUCACCAUCUAUGGUACAUUUGUGCUCGAGGAGAAGCAUGGAUUCAACAAGCAAACAAUAGGAUUCUUCAUCAAAGACCAACUUAAGUCUUUAGCUUUAAAUCUAGUCAUAACUCUGCCAAUAGUGUCUAUUGCAAUUUACAUUAUAAUGCUAGGUGGCAACAUGUUUGUUGUCUGGCUAUGGCUUUUCACAACUGUAGCGACACUGUUGCUAUUAACUAUUUACCCGUCAGUUAUUGCUCCAUUGUUUGAUAAAUUUGUCCCAUUGCCGGAAGGUUCACUCAGAAAAGGUAUUGAGAAUUUGGCAUCAAAGCUCAAUUUCUCACUUUCUCAAAUAUACAUUGUAGAAGGUUCAAAGAGAUCAGCGCACAGCAAUGCAUAUUUCAGUGGCUUGUUUGGUGCAAAGAGAAUUGUACUGUUUGAUACAUUACUUGAAAAAUAUGAUGAAACUAAGAAAGUGACCACUGGAUGUACUGAAAGUGAAAUCUUGGGUGUGUUGGCACAUGAACUUGGUCACUGGAAGUGCAGCCACAUUUACAAGUCAAUUGCAUUGACAGAAGUUAACUUGCUGCUCCUAUUCUCAGCUUUUGGAUUCCUUUUUAAGUACUCCUUAUUGUAUACUACGUUAGGUUUUCCAUCUGGCCAGGAACCAGUUAUCAUUGGUUUGAUUGUAGUGUUACAGUUGAUUCUUGCUCCCUACAAUUCCUUAUUAUCAUUUUUUGCUACUGCGUUAUCCAGGAAAUUUGAAUUUGAAGCUGAUAACUUUGCUGUUGGUUUGGAUUAUCCCCAGGAGUUGAGAUCAGCUCUUAUUAAGCUAGGCAAAGAUAAUUUGGACUACCCAAUUUAUGAUAAAUUAUAUUCUGCUUGGUAUCAUUCACAUCCUACGCUUUUGCAUAGAAUUGAAAAUAUUAAAAAUCAAAUCGCAAAUGAGAAAAGAGACUAAAUUUUUAAGUUAUGUUUAAUAUCUGUAUUGUU